AUGAAUAUUGAGUUGCUGUCAACAUUUCAACAGAAUUAUCCCGAAGAAUUCGAUGGCACACUGGAUUGCUCAUCGAUCGCGGUUUGUUGUGCUUUUAAUAAAAUAGGCUCAAUGCUCGCUGUUGGCUGUUCAGAUGGUCGUCUGGUGAUAUGGGACUUUUUAACACGCGGUAUAGCAAAAGUUAUCGGUGCAGACUGGUCACCAAUCUGUUGUAUAUCAUGGUCGAAGAAAUCCGACUUGAUUGCUACAUCAUCGACUGAUGAUACUGUUUGUAUAUGGAAUACAUCGACAGGUCGAUGUCGAACGCGUGUUUCAUGUGUUCAAUCGCCGAUACUCAAAGUUCAAUUUCAUCCACGUGAUUCGUCGUAUUUACUGAUAUGUCCGAUGAAACAUCCACCUGUGUUGAUUGAUAAUCACGGUGGACAUACAAUUGUUGGCAUGGACGAUGAAUCAAAUGAUAUCGUAUCAACAUUUGAUAGAAAAGGUGAACAUAUCAUAUUAGGUAAUAGUCGGGGUUUAAUGAUGGUGAAGAGCUUUCCGGAUUUACAGACGAUUUCUUCGUUUCGAAUCGCAACUGGAACAAAUACAAAUACUGUGUUACGACAUAUUGAAAUUCCGCGACGAGGUCAAUAUUGUCUAGUGAAUACAAGUGAUCGAAUCAUUCGAAUCUAUAGUUACAACGAAAUGUUAUCUUGUGGGAUCAAUCGUGAUCUCGAACCUAAACAAAAACUGCAAGAUCUUGUGAACAAAUCUUUGUGGCGAAAAUGUUCUUGGUCAGGCGAUGGUGAAUAUAUUUGUGGUGCUUCAUCUCGGCAACAUUCACUCUAUAUUUGGGAAACGCUAUCGGGUAAUCUAGUGAAGAUCUUACACGGAACCAAAGGUGAAACAUUAGCUGAUGUUUGUUGGCAUCCAGUGCGUCCAAUUAUCGCAAGUAUAUCCAAUGGUGUUGUAUCAAUAUGGUCACAUUCUCAAGUAGAAAAUUGGUCAGCAUUUGCACCUGACUUUCGUGAAUUAGAAGAAAACGUUGAAUAUCAUGAACGCGAAUCAGAGUUUGAUAUUAAAGAUGAAGAUCGUAGUUUAGAUGGACUAGAUUGCGAUGACUCACCAAGCAAACGUCAACGUCUGGAUGCAAAUGGAUGUAUGAAGAAAGAUGAUGAUAAUGAUGAUAUCGAAAUAGACGUCGUUACCGAUCAACGUAUUGAAGCAUUAGUAUCAAGUGACGAUGACGAUACCACUGAUCAACUUGUUUAUUUACCAGUUGCGCCUGAAAUUGAAGAUCCAGAAACGGAUAUACCUGCUUCGGUAACGCAUAUACCUCAAGCUCGUACAUCAAGUCCAUCGUUACAAGCACGUGUUGACGCUGAUGAGACUUUCGAGAUUCAAUUGAACAUUCCACCUGUAAUGGAUGUACAUCCUUAUCUGGGCGGACCCAAACAAACACGUUCGAUUGCCAAUACAUUGUCUAAUACUCAAGAAUCUCAAGACAAUAGACGUGAUAUAAAAAGUCGUCGCAAGAGUCAUCAUCAUCAUCAUCACCAUCACCAUCAUCAAAAUCCACCGGUACAACCAAAUCAAAACGAUCAACAUACGAUUUUGCUCUCGAAGUCUAUCGACACUGCUGUUGCAACACUGACAAACAAUCAAAAGCGGCCGACAGUAUCCUCAGCACCAGAAGCGAAAGGACAGCGAGCUCGCUCAGCUCGUCUAGAAGGCAAAAAAGCAGCUGCAACUACUUCAACCACACUGACGACACAAACAUCUGUAUCAAUCACAACAACUGCAGAAGAAAUCAGCAGUACUACCCGGACGAAGCGUCAUAGUCAUCAUACACAGUCAACAGAUAAUGAUGCUGAUCUUGUGUCACAUUAG